AUGGGAAGGAUAGGAAACUUCUAUUUGACACCAAAUUCUGAUUUCGAUUCGCGAGUCAGAAUGUUUCAUAAUCAUCAUUUUCCGUGUGUCGGCCUCAGUGAGGUAGCAUUGAAGUAUAUGAUAAUCGCCACGUUCAUCUCCGCAGCUGUUGGUCUUCCGAUGUCACAUCCAUAUUCCAACUCAGAUCAAAUGGAACAUCUGAAUCCUUUGGACUAUUAUUAUCGGAAUCAGGAAGCUUCAAAUUUUUAUCAACCACAGCAACAAGAUGCUUCAAAUGGUUCACCAGCUCGUCUUGAAACGUUGGAACCUGAUAGUGAAGUGGAACUCAUUCCUGGCGCUCAACCACCACAACAACCACCGCAACAGGUGCCCGUGUCUCCAAAUGUUCCCGGAUUGAUGCCAGGACAGAGAGUGUUCAUUGUUCAUAUGCCGGUACCAGGAUUAAGGCCGGGAUCAAUCGGAGGCUAUCAGCCUAUUUAUAUAGUCGGCGCAGCUCCACAAGGAAACAACGGAUAUCCCGGGAAUGGUUAUCAAAGCACACUGCUGCUAGGUCCACAAGUAGUCAACUAUCCUCAAGCGCAAGCGAGUCCCAAUUACGUGUUCGGUGUCCCAGGAUCUGGGCCACACGUCGCGUUACAGAAUCCUGGAUUAUACCAACAAAUUCAACCAGCCCAGGGAAGUCCAACCCUACGUCUAGCUCAACUGGUCUCUCUUCAGGAUCUGACACAGCCUAUCGUCGUAGGAUCAAAUGCUCCCAAAGCUGAACUGAAAAGCCAAGCUAAUGCCGAAGUAAAGGAAUCUACAGCAGAAAACCAAAAAAGUUCACAAAAAUCGGAAUCAUGA